GAUUUGUUAGUUGGGAAAAAUCGAGCACCAUGUGACAUUCGAGCAGGUGCUGGAUCGUUUUGUUGUAUGUUUUUGUUCUUGCCUCUCGAUCGCCUUAUCACAAUAAUUAAAUUACUCAUCAUUUUCAUGUUGUGCGUAGUGAUACUUUUCUGACCGCACUUGUCGUACACGGGUUUCACGGCACUUCAAAAUGGCUUUAAUCAACAUCGACGGAGAUCCAUGGCUGACCGAAUUGGAUGCGUGCGAGAACCUGAGCAAUGAUAUUCAAUCCCAGCUAGCGGCACGUAACAGAGAAAAUCAGCUGUCCCGCGAAUAUGGCGUUCUGUCGGGUACGGUGCGAGUGCGCUUGAAGCAACUCGGCAGUGAGCUGGAUCAGUUAACCCGAAAGCUGGGACUCAUCUCCAGCACCCUUACUUCUGGGGAAGCCGAACGAAGGCAGCGUAGAAUAGAAGCCCUACAGUCGAAGCUGAUUCAAUUACAGCGUCAAUUCACGUACGUCGAACCAGCAGCCGCUCGGUCGGCUCUGUUCGAAACAGGGAGCAACAGCCGUGGCCGAGUAGCUUUCGCCGAUGAUGAUGAUGACGAUGAGCCCGCACUGAUCCCAUCACAAAGCAACUAUACUGUGGCAGGUUUGCGCUCCCAGCAAACACGUAUUUUGGAAGAUCAAAAUGAAGGCCUCGAAGCUCUUUCUCAAGUGAUCGCGCGACAAAAGGAAUUAGCGACCCGAAUAGGCGGAGAAGUCGAUCGUCAUAAUGAUAUAUUGGACGAUUUGGCUCAAACGAUGGAAACGACCGAUGGACGAAUAAAUCGUGAAACGCGCCAAAUUGGAACAAUCACCACACAAGAUUCUACUUGGGGCUAUUGGAUCGUUAUAGGUCUGCUUUUCGUUGCAAUUGUUUUAACAGGAAUUUUGUAAGCCAUAUGAGGUUCUUUGUGUACACUUUUAUAUAACACCCUUAUCUGGUGUUUAUCUCUGCCCCAACAAAGUGAAUUCUGAUGGCGGUACGAGACACGAGUAUAAACUAUUGAUUACACUCCAUAUCGCACUGUAUUUAAACUCCUACUGUACUAUACCUAAAUAAUAAAGAAAAUAUACUUUUACACCAAA